AUGGCGUCUGACAAGCUCUCCAACCUAGAGAAAAACGUGGUGGAUAUCACUGAGGUCGAUGGCCACUCUGAAGACUUCUCAAACGAUUUUCAAUUGCCCGAACCUACCUCAGAAGAGAAGACCACGCUGCGCAGAAUCUUGGGCUACCCUAAAUGGUACGUGUACUUCAUCUGCUUAAUCGAGUUCUCGGAAAGAGCCGCCUAUUAUGGUACCGGUAAUCUGCUCUCAAAUUUCAUCCAGCAACCGCUUCCUGAGGGUGGAAACGGUGCUGGCGCUCCACCCCCAAACUCCCCGCUAACUGCAGGCGCUCUUGGGCUAGGUCUUCAGACUUCCACUGCACUCAAUCUGUUGCUUACCUUUCUGGCUUACUGCUUUCCGCUUUUCACUGGUUACAUCGCAGAUAAAUACUGGAGCCGCAUGAGAAUGCUGUGGAUUGGUGUUUAUGUUGGGAUGAUUUCCCAUAUUUUAUUCAUUAUCGGUGCUAUUCCAUCGGUUUUGGGUUCUGGUAAGGCCGCAUUGGCUCCUUGUGUUAUCGGCAUUAUCCUGUUAGCCGUCGCCACCUCCUUUGUGAAACCAAUCUUGUUACCUACUCUGCUUUCACAGUAUCCACAUGAGACUGACGUUGUGAAGACUUUAGAUUCUGGUGAACGGGUCAUAAUCGAUCGUGAUUCGAGUUUGCAGAGAAUGACUAUGACCUUCUAUUGGAGUAUUAACGUUGGUAGUUUCUUGGCGGUUGCAACCAGUUAUUCUGCGAGAGACAUUGGCUACUGGCUUGGGUUUCUCAUUCCUCUCGUCUUGUAUAUGAUCAUGCCCGUUGUGUUAAUCCUUCUAAGGCGUCACAUCAAGGAUGAUCCUCCUUCAGGGAAAUCUAUGGUGGCAGAUUGCAUGAAAGUUCUCAAAGUCAGCUUCGAGGGUAACUGGUGGAAGAGGUACAGAGCAAACGAGUUUUGGGAGUAUGCUAAGCCGUCGAACUUGAGAAAAAUGGGCAGAGAUGGCUGGAAGAAAAACAAGCCAGGAUUCUAUCCAGAAGCUUUAGUUCAAGACGCCCGCAUCACAAUCAGUGCAUGUACCAUUUUUCUCUACUAUGUGAUUUACAACAUCAACGACAAUGGUAUUUCUGCCAUGAUAAACUCCCAGACGGCCACAAUGACCUCUAAGGGUGUUCCUAAUGAUGUUAUCAGCAAUUUCAACCCAUUGUGCAUUAUCAUAUUCAUGCCAAUCCUCGAUUGGAUCGUUUAUCCAGUGAUGCGUAGGUUCAAAAUUAAUUUCAAACCCACCUAUAGAAUAUUCUGCGGUUUCAUGGUAGCUGCCUUAUCGCAAGUAGCGGGUGCGGUCAUUCAAAAAGCCAUUUACAACACAUCACCAUGCGGAAAUUAUGCUACUACCUGUGAAGAAAAAUCACCAAUUUCUAUGUGGGUUGUAGCGAUUGAGUAUGCCCUUUCGGGUUUCAGUGAAUGCUUGGCUAUGACCACAGGUUACGAAAUUGCCUUCGAAAGAUCCCCUCCUCAAAUGAAAAGUUUUGUAAUGGCUUUGUUCCUUUUCACUACUGCUCUGUCGGCAGCCUUGGCAGAAAUUGUGACACCAUCGCUGGUUGAUCCUCACCUGGUAGCCCCAUUCGCCGUCUUGGCCGUUCUUGGUGCACUCUUUGCAUUCGCUUUUCUAUGGAGAUACUGGUCCUUGGACAAAGUGAUGGAAGAGGAAAGGCUGGAAAGGUUGAGAACAUCUCACGAGGAAGACUUGGGCUCUGUCGCCAGCGUCUACUCUAGUGGUCAUAUGGCUCUCCCCAGCGGGCCAGAUUUGGAUAAAAUUAUGAGCACCUCAGCAGCUGCUAUUACUAAACUCAACAGAUAA